AAGUCUUGAACUAACAAAAAAACAACAUAUUUUCUUGAAUUUGCAGUCAUGUCAACUCACCUGCAGAUGAUUAAAUGACUUCAGCUGAUAUGUAACAGAGCGGGACGUUUCCUCUGGUUUCUCCCAGCAUGCAACUCCUCUUUCGUCUGUUUCACUUUCAUUCUUGAAUUAUUUCUGCUAACACUGCGUGCCGAAGACGACGCGGUGAGAGGAUUUUCACCUUUCAGCAUGUUAACUGCACCUCUCCUGCUGCUGCUGAUCGUUCCCUUUCUAUCUGGAGCACAGUUGCCAAAUCAAGGCCAAGCCAAGGAUGCCCCUAUAGCCACCAACGGCAAGCCAUUCCCAUGGGACCGCAUGAGACUUCCUAAAACAAUCUUUCCCCUCCACUAUGACCUGACCAUCCACCCCAACCUGACCACGCUCGACUUCACCGGAGUUGUUCGCAUCCUGCUGGACGUGCACGAAGACACGAGCACCAUCGUUCUCCACUCCAAGCAGCUGCAGAUAUCCAAUGUGCUGCUCUUUGCACCUGAAGGUGUGAGGCCUCUCCAGGUGUUGGAGUAUCCUCGUUUCCAUCAGCUCGCCCUGCUGUCAGACUCAGUGCUAACCAAAGGGAGAAAGUAUGAAGUUCAGCUGGAGUUUGCUGCCAACUUUUCAGACAGCUACCAUGGUUUCUACAAAAGCAGCUACCGCACCAGCACUGGGGAAGUUCGGGUUCUGGCAUCCACGCAGUUUGAAGCCACCUUUGCUCGCGCAGCCUUUCCCUGUUUCGACGAGCCCGCCUUCAAAGCCAAAUUCACCAUACAGAUUAUACGGGAGCCGCGCCACAUAGCCAUAUCCAACAUGCCCAAGGUAAAGACAGUUGAGUUGCCGGGCGGUUUGCUUGAGGAUCACUUUGACACGACUGUGAAAAUGAGCACUUACCUGGUGGCUUACAUUGUGUCGGACUUCCUGUCUGUGAGCAAGACCACCCAGCAUGGUGUCAAGAUUUCAGUCUACGCGGUACCAGAGAAGAUCGACCAGACAGCGUUUGCGUUGGAUGCUGCCGUCAAGCUGUUGGACUUCUAUGAUGACUACUUUGAUAUUCCUUACCCGCUUCCCAAACAGGACCUGGCUGCUAUCCCAGACUUCCAGUCAGGUGCGAUGGAGAACUGGGGGUUGACCACGUACAGAGAGACGGGUCUUCUCUUCGACCCUGAAAAGUCCUCAGUAUCAGACAAACUGGGCAUCACCAAGGUCAUUGCCCACGAGCUGGCACACCAGUGGUUUGGGAACCUGGUGACGAUGGAGUGGUGGAAUGACCUUUGGCUCAAUGAGGGCUUCGCCAAGUUCAUGGAGUUUAUUUCUGUUGACAUCACCUACCCAGAGCUGCAAGUGGAUGACUUCUUUUUGGGGAAAUGUUUUGAGGCCAUGGAAGUGGACUCUCUCAGCUCCUCCCACCCGGUCUCCACCCCCGUGGAAAACCCCACGCAGAUCCAGGAGAUGUUCGACGACGUUUCAUAUGAUAAGGGAGCGUGUAUUCUGAAUAUGCUGCGGGACUUCCUGACUCCUGAAGCCUUUGAGAUCGGCAUCAUCCGAUAUCUCAAGCGCUACAGCUACCAAAACACCGUCAACAGCCACCUGUGGGACAGCCUGACCAAUAUCUGCAACUCAGAUGAUCUGGACAAAGGCCGGAUGAAACACCAAGAAUUCUGCUCCAAUAGCAACCUUCAGACUGGAACCUCUAAAUGGUACUCCGGUGAUGAGCUGGACGUCAGAGCCAUCAUGGACACCUGGACGCUGCAGGAGGGCUUCCCGCUGGUCACUGUGGAGGUCAAAGGUCGGGAGGUCAGGCUCAGUCAGGAGCGUUUCCUGAAGGCAGACGACCAGUCCCUCACCGAAGGAUUCCUGUGGCAGAUCCCACUGACCUACAUGACUAGCGCCUCCAACACCGUCCACCGCUUCCUGCUGAAGACAAAGACUGAUGUCCUGUACCUGCCGAAGGAGGUGGACUGGGUGAAGUUCAAUGUGGACAUGAGCGGCUAUUACAUGGUCCACUAUGCAGGCGAGGGGUGGAACUCCAUCAUCAAACUGCUGCAACACAACCACACGGCUUUGAGCGGGAACGACCGCGCCAACCUCAUCCACAACGUCUUCCAGCUGGUCAGUACAAAGAUGGUGAGGCUGGACACGGCUCUAGAGCUGUCUCUGUACCUGUCCAAAGAGACUGAGAUCAUGGCUGUGACUCAGGGCUUCGGAGAGCUCGUACCUCUCUACAAACUGAUGGAGAAAAGAGACAUGGCUGCUCUGGAGAACCAGAUGAAGGGUUACAUUGUGGAUUUGUUCCGGGGGCUGAUUGAUCGGCAGAAGUGGACUGACUCUGGAUCAGUGUCUGAGCGAGUGCUGAGGAGCUACCUGCUGCUGUUCAGCUGCGUCAGAAACUACGAGCCCUGUGUGACCAAAGCCACUGAGCUCUUUAAGAGGUGGAAGGACUCUGACGGCACCAUGAGCCUUCCUGUUGACAUCACUAUGGCUGUGUUUGUCAUUGGAGCUCGAACACCAGAGGGGUGGGACUUCCUCUUUGAGAAGUAUCGUAGUUCGCUGCAAAUGUCUGUAAAGAGCCGCAUGAAGACUGCGAUGACUGUCACCCCACUGCAGGACAGGCUCCAGUGGAUAAUGGAGCAGAGCCUCAUCGGAGAGGUGAUGAAGACUCAGGACCUCCCGGAUGUGAUCGUCUCUGUCAGCAGGAACCCCCGUGGCUACAAACUGGCCUGGGACUUCCUCCGAGCCAACUGGCACACCCUGAUCAAAAAGUUUGACCUGGGCUCUAGCACCAUAUCUUAUUUGGUGACUGGGGUGACCAACCAGUAUUCGACCAGGGAGAUGUUGGAUGAGAUACAAAGCUUCUUUGGUUCCUUGACUGAGGAGACGGGCUCAGAGAUGAGGUGUAUCCGGCAGACCUGCGAGACCAUCGAGGAUAACAUCCGCUGGAUGGACACCAACCUUCCUCUGCUGCAGGCCUGGCUCAACAAACGCAGCCACAGAGGUGUGCGCGAAGAUUUAUAGACUCAGGAAAACAAAAACGUCUUGUUUGGAUAAUAAUGAAGACAGAAACUGCAAGAGGUAUGGAAGCAACAAAGCUCAAAGUAUCUCUUGGAAGCAGACUUUAAUGACCAUUUUGAUGUAAAAAUUUGAUUUCAACAACAGUGACUCCUGACUUACUCUCCCAUAUGUAAAUAUAGAAAACAAAACAAACAAAAAUGUUUGGAUGCUGUGUCUUCCCAGUACGUACCACUAAUUAAUCCAUACCUGACUGACCUGACCUGACUGGACCUGACUCGGCACUAAUGUGUCGACACUUAGGACUUACUUGUGACCUUCAAAACAGUUAAAUGUCUUUAUUGUUUAUUGGGGGUGUGUCUCAGGUUCAAGAGAUCUAAAUAAUUUUGAAUUUCUUAAAAGAACCUGUAUAUGGUAAAUGUUUGAGGAGGUAACAUCACUUUGAAAUGAGCGCAGUUAAUACUCAGAGUUGUCUGUGUGUGUUUGUACUUGUAUGUUUGUUGGGGUGUGUGUGUGUGUUUUGUAUGAUGCUGGGAUGGGCAAGUUUUUACCUGAAAUGUUGAGAUGCUUCAACAUUAAUUCUGUUUCCUGUGUGAAGUCUCUCUCUUUUUUUAACUUAAUGUUUAACCUUGUUGUAUUAUCAAUGCAGAAGGCAUAUUGUACAGUGUUGUACAAACAGAAAAUAUUAUUUCGGUACCAAACCACUCAAAAAAACAAACAAAAAAAAAAAAUCCAAUUUAAAAAAAAUGGAAAUGGCCCCUAGAGAAAGAAGGAUGCCUCCGGUUUUCAGCAAAAAUGCUGUGGCUACACCCUAAUAAAUUCUCAAAAAAUUGUAACAAAAGUUGCCUUAAUGCUCUUUUUAGAUAUUUGCAGAAUCUAAAGGUUGUGGACCCCAAAUUAAUAUUUUUAUGUUUAAAAUUCAAGAACACACUGCUGUAAGAUGCAGAUGAUUUUGCACUGUUUGCUUGAGUCUCCAAUAUUGGGAACAUGAAAAUUAAUUCUGACUCCACUGGACCUUUUGGUAGCACUAUUAACUUUAAUGAAUUUCUCAGAUGACAAAAGAAAAUGCACUAUAGUAAAUGUUACAAAAAGUCAUGUCAGUGUAGCCUUAUUUUUAUGCUACUGUACAAUUUUCUAUAGAACACAAAUUAUAGCAAUUCUGUUAUUUUGUCUGGACAAUGUGUGUUGUUUGAGUUAAAUAUUGGGUCAAUAAAGUUAAAUUUGACUUAU